AGUUCAAACGAAGAAAUCAAGCAAUCAACUUGAGAAGCUCUCGAAAGAGAAUUUCAGUGAAGAAUUAAGAAUAUAUUAAGUGAAGUGAAUAGAGUGAAUAUAAAAGUGAUAAAAAAUGGUAGCUAUUGGAAUUGACUUGGGUACCACGUACUCCUGCGUGGGUGUCUUUGAGCACGGGAAAGUGGAAAUCAUUGCCAAUGACCAGGGAAAUCGCACAACUCCAUCCUACGUGGCUUUCACGGAUACUGAGCGAUUGAUUGGAGAUGCUGCUAAGAAUCAAGUGGCAAUGAAUCCUAAGAAUACAAUUUUUGACGCCAAGAGGCUUAUUGGGAGGAAAUUUGUCGAUCAGAAGAUCCAGGAAGACAUUAAACACUGGCCAUUUAAGGUGAUCAGUGAAGCUGGAAAGCCUCGAUUGUCUGUGGAAUUCAAAGGAGAACCGAAGAGAUUUACCCCUGAAGAAAUAAGUUCUAUGGUUCUGAUUAAGAUGAAGGAGACAGCUGAGGCUUAUCUUGGUCAGACAGUGACGGAUGCAGUCAUCACAGUUCCAGCCUACUUCAAUGAUUCCCAGAGGCAGGCAACCAAGGAUGCUGGAGUCAUUGCUGGCCUCAAUGUCUUGAGGAUCAUCAAUGAACCCACUGCAGCAGCCCUGGCCUAUGGCCUGGACAAGAAUCUCAAAGGAGAGAAGAAUGUGCUGAUUUUCGAUCUGGGCGGAGGAACUUUCGACGUUUCCAUCCUGACCAUCGAUGAGGGAUCCCUGUUUGAGGUGAAAGCAACAGCUGGCGAUACCCAUCUCGGCGGAGAGGACUUUGAUAAUCGCAUGGUCAAUCAUUUUAUCGAGGAAUUCCGCAGGAAGUUCAAAAAGGACCUCACCACAAAUCCCAGAUCCCUGAGACGCCUCCGAACAGCAUGUGAGCGAGCCAAGAGGACCCUUUCCUCCAGCACCGAAGCCACCAUUGAGAUUGAUGCCCUUCUGGACGGCAUUGAUUUCUACACCAAAAUCUCCCGGGCACGCUUUGAGGAACUCUGCUCUGAUCUCUUCAGAGCCACCCUGGAACCCGUGGAAAAAGCCCUGAGGGACGCUAAGAUGGACAAAGGACAGAUUCAUGACAUUGUCAUGGUUGGAGGCUCAACACGAAUCCCCAAAGUUCAGAAUCUCCUCCAGAAUUACUUCAACGGAAAAUCCCUAAAUCUCUCAAUCAAUCCAGACGAAGCUGUCGCCUACGGAGCCGCCAUUCAGGCAGCAAUCCUCACUGGGAGCAAAGAUUCCAAAAUCCAGGACGUCCUCCUGGUCGACGUUGCUCCCCUGUCCCUCGGAAUCGAGACAGCUGGAGGAGUCAUGACCAAAAUCAUCGAGAGAAACUCCCGGAUUCCCUGCAAACAAACCCAAACUUUCUCAACCUAUGCAGACAAUCAACCCGGAGUCUCCAUCCAGGUCUUUGAGGGUGAACGCGCCAUGACCCGAGACAACAAUCGCCUGGGACAAUUUGAUCUUUCCGGAAUCCCUCCAGCUCCCCGUGGAGUCCCACAAAUCGAAGUAACCUUCGACCUAGACGCCAAUGGAAUCCUCAAUGUCUCAGCAAAGGAAAUGGGAACGGGCAAGGCCAAGAAUAUCACCAUCAAGAAUGACAAAGGAAGACUCUCCCAAGCUGACAUUGAUCGAAUGCUAGCUGAAGCUGAACGCUUCCGGGAAGAAGAUGAGAAGCAGAGAGAAAAAAUUGCAUCCCGGAAUCAACUUGAAGGCUACAUCUUCAGCCUCAAACAAACCCUAGACACAGCUGGAGACAAACUCAGUGGCCAGGACAAAGAAACCGUCCAGAAGGCCUGCGAUGAUGCCCUCAAAUGGUUGGACUCAAAUACCCUGGCCGACAAGGAAGAAUUCGAGCAUAAAAUGAAAGAACUCACAAGUAUCUGCAGCCCUAUCAUGACUAAACUCCAUUCCGGAGGAGCUGGAUCUUGUGGACAACAGGCAGGGGGAUUCCAGAACCGUUCUGGACCAACAGUUGAGGAAGUGGACUAAAUUAUUCCUCCCCCGGAAAAGCAUUUUAGAUCUUAUUCAAUUUCUUAAUUAUUAAAAUAAUAAUUUAAUAAAGUAUUUUUAUGUUUAAGUUUUGAGACUGAAUUCCAAUGUUCAAGUGAGAAUUAUAAGUAAAUAAAUAUUUAGUUUAAUUAGAAACAAUAAAAAA